UGCAGCUAGAAAUUCUCCUUCUCUUCUCUCCCUUUAUUCCUCUUCACCUGUGUGUGUACCUAUGUGUGCAUACUGUACAUGUGUGUGUGCAUGUGUGUGUGUGUAUGCAGGAAAGUUCCCUGAUGCUGUGAAGCACUAUGAUGAGGCCAUCAAGAGAAAUCCUGAUGACGCCAAGAUCUACAGCAACAGGGCAGCCUGCUACCAGAAACUGCUCGAGUUCAGCCUGGCUCUCAAGGAUUGCGAGGAGGCAAUAAAACUAGACCCAACAUUCGUGAAGGCACAUGUACGGAAGGGACAUGCUCUACUGGCUAUGAAGGACACCAUCAGGGCUGGUACGGCUUUUGAGAAGGCCCUUGAGCUCGACCCACAGAGUGUCGAUGCCAGGACUGGUCUGCAGCGGUGUAUGAGACAGGACGACCCGGAAGCUAGAAGAAAGGCAGCCCUCCACGACCCAGAGGUCCAGGCCAUCCUCAGAGACCCCACCAUGCAGCUCAUCCUCCAACAGAUGCAGACCCACCCUGAGGCUCUUCGAGACCACCUGCAGAACCCUGCAAUUGCUACAAAGAUUCAAAAGCUAAUUGAGUGUGGAUUCAUCAGUUUGCGCUAGAAGAAUAUCUACCUUCCUAGGCCACGUAAUACAAUACGUAUGCAUACUCUGCAGCUGUAAUAGGAUGAAUGCAGAACUGACCCAGCUAUAUAAUAUACCUAAUGCUGUGAAUUGUAUGUCUGUGUUGCUGCGAAUUUGAAUAUGCAUUGACCAAUGUGUGCACACUGUAAAUUAAAACAACAACAGACGGCAGGGAA